AAGAAACCAGGAGUCGUGCUGGAUAGAGUACCAGAAGGGGCGUUUUAAAGAUCUCCAUGGCAGGUAAGCAGAAAUGUAUCACAAAAAUUCAAGGCAAAAACAUAAAACAAUCACAUCAUUAAAUAAACGGUUAAACAAAUAUAUUACCCAACUUUGUAUAUACCAACCCUGAAGUUGGUUUCAGAUUUCAAAGAUGAAAAAUAAAUCAGAAUGAAAUUAACAAUUCUAAAUGUUUUAAAUUGACAUUUCCUCUAUAAAACAAAAGGAUUAUACAUAAAAGAAAAAAAAACCAAAAAGUACAUCACGGUGUACAAAUAUUAAAGAUAGGUAAUGAAAACGUACAACUAAAAACUGUAAAAUCCUUCUGUCCAUAUCUACCAACAUAAAGGUGGCUACCUAGUCAGUGUUAUCAGCAUGCAGUCACAAAGCAUACCAACAAUAAACAAAAUGUAAACACUGAUAUCUGUGAUCAAGUUUCUGGAAUACCUAAUAACACGUUAAUGACAUCAUGGUGACCGGUGGGGUUGGGUAGAGUUCUUAUUCGUCACAUUGUUUGCCUACAGCUGUAAAACAAGGAAAGAGUGAAAGGACAUAGAGCAACCCAGCCCUUCCAAGCUGAUACCUCCCCUCUACUUCUGUGCCUGGUCUCCCUCCCCCCAGUCAGUACACCUUUCCCCUCCUCUGUUGUACAGGCGUCUCCAUUUUCUGCAUCGGUGAUUUUGUACUCUUGGGACUCCAGUGCAGAGACCAGGUCUUCUUCCCACCUGGGGUACUGUGUGUGGUCCCCAGGCAGGUCUUGGUUCACCUAUCAGAAGUUAUUGGAUCAGGAAACAGACAGCACAGAGUUUGGCCACUGUUGUUAACCAUGCCUUGGAUUCCUGCUGGAGGAGGACGUCUGUUACUGUUGUUAAUGGUGAGUGCAGCUCCCCAUGGGACUGUUUGUGUGCUUCAUACAGAGGCUCAGUUCUCCUCUCCUAUGAAACUUGUAUUCCCCCCCCAUCCCCCCAUCCAGACCAGGAUUCUAAAUGACCGAAUUGUUACAGGAUGGGGGCAGCUAUCACUCUGAUCUAGAGUGGGGCUUGUAGGAACGUGUUUGUAGCAUAGAUCCUUCCUUAUACCUGUCUCUGGUCCAACCCCACCCUGCAGCAGGGAAGCUCUGAGUCUGGACAGACACAUGCAGUAAUAGUUAUUUAAUUGUAAGGGCACGUGAUUCAUUUGAAGCAGUCAACAUAUAAAUUAAUUAAAUGGGGUACUGCUGAUUGUUUUGUAGUUUUUGUACACUUUGCUUAAAUUCUGAGUAUAAUAAGUUAUAAUUCACACCUGUGUUUGGUUCAAACUACUAAGUAUACGCAUUCUUACGUUUUCCAUGAUAACUAGAGAAGUUAACUAACCGUAAUUAAAGAGUUACUAAAUACAUAAAUUUUUAUGUACACAGAUAAGUGGUAAAAAUGCAUAUACUUCUUUUUAAUGCUUUCUAAGUGCCUAAAACCAUGCCUUAGCUGCAUAACUUUUGAUUGGCAAGAUAAACAAUUGUUUUUUCCUUGUCCACAUAGUUGCGUUUUUUUUUUGUUUUUUUUAAUUAUAACAAAAAAAAAAACUUUUUUGUCAUGGCAGCCCUUUCCAUUUGCUGCCUAACAGUUUAAAAAUGCAGAUACGAAGAAUAAAAUACUUUUAAACAGUUGGGCAUGCCAUGAAAAGUGCUGUUCAUUUUGGGACAGGCUGUGCUCUUUCAGUUUCCUUUUUUUUUUUUUCACUUGCCUGCAAAAUAUUUGUAUGCUGCUUUUUUUUUUUUUUUUUUUUUAAUAUUGUUGGACAGCACAUGACAAGCAAUGCCCCACCAUGUUGAGGAGGGGUAUGAUGAAUUAGUCUGUCUUCCUGUGAGAUCCUUAUCUAAUCUCACACAGGAGACUGCUGGCAAGUACCAGGGGGUUAGAAUGCCUUACAGGAGAACCCCCAGGAAAAAAGUCAGCAGUUCCUAAACACCGCAAUUGGAGUACCACACUUGCAGGGUUAGUAACUAAAGAAAGAAAUAAUUAUUGGGAAUUCAAAUUUCAAAUUUUAAGGCAGAGUAGCCUAACUGAAAGCAUAGCUGACUUGGAUGGAGUUCAGCUAUUUUUGCUGUGAAGUUAAAUGAGCUUUGGAUUUAUGACAGUUCUCACUUUGGUGUAUAACCCUGUUGGUGUGCUAAUGUGGAUCUUCAGAUAUGGACAGAACUUGAAUAUUCUUUAAGGAAGUGUUUUGUGAGGCUCUAUGAUUGACAGCUGGGGGUUGUGGCUAGGGCUGCAGAAAUAAUGUGCUUUUAAUUUAAUCUGCAUCAAUCUGAGCAAAGCAACUACAGGGGCAGAAUUAUCACCAAAACCACUUAAGUAAAUUACACUGUGAUGUGUAUGAUGCCAGGACUCUUCUUGUGCCAUCCCAUCAUUAAGGGAAUACUCCAGUGAAAUUAAAAUAAUUUUUGAAUGGGGGAGGGGGUAUCGUACAAAAACAAAGCUUGUAAAAGUUGCAGAUCUGCGAUCUACAGCUUUUGCAAUCCCUUCCCCUUUUCUCUGACACACACUUUCAAUCUGUACUAAGGAAUACACCAAUCAGAGGUUUCUCAUUAAAAAAGCCUCUGUCUUGUAGCUGCUAUUACCACUCAUUAGCCCCUUAAGGACGGCGUGCGUGCUACGACGUCCAUUUUUUUUCAAUUCAAAAUAUUGUUCCUUUCAGGGUAAUUAAAUUAUACAGUAAAGCAUACUCACAUGCAGACACAGACAAUCUUACUGAUGCACACAAAUAGGCUAAUUGACAGACAAUCUCAAUGCCACACACAGACAAGGUUACACACAAAUUUAGUACAGACAAACUCUGAUACACACACAAGCUUACUACAGACAAGCUCACUGUCACAAACACGCUCCCCAAAGACAAUCUCACCGAUGCGCAAAUACUCUCCUUACAGACAAGCCCAUUGACACACACAUGCUCACUAACACACAGAUUCACUACAAACAAGCUGACACACAUAUGGUCACUACAGACAAGCUCACGAUCACACACAUGCUUACUACAAAUAAGCUCACUGCACACACAUGCUCACCACAGACAGGCUCAGACACACCCAUGCUCCCCACAGACAAGCUCACUAACACACCCACACACACGAUCCCUACAGACAAGCUCACUCACUAGCACGCACACACACACAUACACACACUCACUCACUAGCAGGCGCACACAUACAGAAGCUCACUCACUCGCAGAUGCACGCGCACACACGCAGAGGCAGACAUCCACACACACACAGAGACAGGUAGACAGCCGCACACAGGCAGACACACACACACAUACAUACAGGCAGUCACACACGCAGACAGUCACACACUCAUACACACACACACAAACAGGCAGGCAGGCAGUCACACAUUUCAGAUGUGUAUUUUAUUGCAGUAAAAGCAAACAGUAUUAUGACAUUCACAGUUGCAGAACUAAAAAAAUAAAAAUUUCUUAAUUUCUUUUUUUUUUUUUUUUUUAUAUAUAUAUUUUAUUCAUAUUAAAUUAUGUUUCAUAGCUAAAUAUUGGAUGUUAAAUGAAAGCCCUAUUUUUCCUGAAUAAAAUAUAUAAUAAGUGUGGGUGCACUUAAUAUGAAAGAGGUGAAUUACGGUUGAACUGACCCUAAAAUUCCAGGUUUUGUUUUGAUAAAAACGUGUAUAUUUGGCUCAGUCCUUAAGGGGUUAAGAAGUGGGAAAAGCAGGUUCACAGUAGCCUAACGUUUGGGUCACUUAUUUUAGCUCUGUGGAGUGACAGCCAUGGAGAUGCUUUUAUAGCCAAUUUAUUCUAUUUAAAUCAUCACUUUUAUAAACUGUCUUCAAAUGUGACAAAAUCCAGACUGUCCUAUUAAGAGUCCAACUGUUGUUGAAUACAUUGGGCAUAUCUGUUCUGCUGACUCUGGACCCAUGUAAGUGACAAAGUGUUCAAAAAAAGCUGUAUUCCUGGCAUUAUCGCUCCCCCUCGCCUCCCUCACCUGAGUAAAUAAAGGGUUAAAAACCCUUUUUUUUAUUUACCUGAUCACCGCGCCGAUGUCCCUCGGGCUGGGUUGACACUCCACCCCCCCCGACGUGCCCUGUAAACAUUAGAGCUGGGUGUCCUCAUGUAGAGCUUGAGGACGUCCAGUGUCAGAUACCGGACCUACGGUCAAUUUCAAUUCAAGAAGCCCUCUAAUAGCUGUCUGGUAGACAGCUACUGUGGGCAGACUUAGUGCUGCAAUGUAAACAUUGUAGUUUAUCUGGAAGUGGCCUGGGUGCCUAUAGUGUCCCUUUAACCAGUACAGUGAGCUGUUGUGGUUAGAGUGCCACUUUAAAUUGAAGUCCUUUUUGUGGUUAAACUGACCAUUUAAGUGAACUGAGCUAAUGUAAUUUAUAAUCAGCACCUGUGCUACUUCUGCUAAUUGUUUCAUAUCAGAUAUUUUGUUUCCAUAAUUGUUUGAGCUUUCAUUAGAUAAUUAUAGUUGAUGGGCUGUCAUGACUGUCACUUUAAACAUUGACUUUAUUUUACAGUGCUGCAGAUGUAUGUAUGUAUAUAAUAAAAAUGAUGAAGGACAUUUUAGUUGCUGUAACAUCUAAAUAGACUUGACACUUCCAUGAAAAGAAACGCAUUUGGCAAUUCACAGCAAGUGUACUUGUUGUAGUUUUAAUAUAAUAAAGAACAGUUCUAUUGAGUGCUUUGUAGUUUAUAGUGUUUAUAUUGUCUAUUUGGUACUUCAUAUCUUCUUCAGCUUAGUUCAUCACCACUUUAUAUUUCCUAUGAAGUAUUUAGUAAUAGUAGGGUGUUUUCUACAGUAAUUCUAUGUUAUAUGUUAUGGAUUCAUUUAUUUAUUCAAGUGCUCUUUUUAGGUUACAGGGUUUUUUUUUUUUGUUUUUUUUUUAUUAAAAAAAAUAAAACAUUUUCCAAUUCUACUUAUUUUAAUAAAAAAUAAGUGUGCUUUAAUUUCUUUCUGCUAAUUUACAUACUUAUGAACUUUAGAAACAGAUUUAAGUUGAAAACUGUUGUUUUUGUUUUAUAUUAUAUGAUAUAUAAUUAUAAUAUGUGUACAUGGCAGUUGAAAACAAUUUAAAAUUAGGAUGAGAUUGUUUGUUUGUUUUUCUUGUGACAGUGCCUUAGGGACUUUCUUUAAAAUAAUGUUUGUGCCACACCUUUCCGUAGAUACCAUAGAUGGAUGUGUCAAAGAUCAGUGUUUUUCGUAUUUUACUAACUUUUAUGUUGAUUGACUUAUGAUUUAUUUUUGUUUUAUGUAAAGCAAUCUAAAUCAAAAACAAAUCCGAAACUGUAUUCAAUAUACAUUUUAGUAAAUAAUAAAUACAAUAAAACCUGGUGUAGGACUAUCUGGGGUUUGCAAGCAAAGCUUGAUUGUAGUUUAAAGGAACAAACCUCUUUAGGUUUUUUUUUUUUUACAUUUGUGUUUUUUUUUUUUUUUUUUUUUUGUAUUGCAAAAUGGGAAUGUACAUUUCUUUGUGAUUCCAAUGUAAUGUGCAGAAAAAUAGAAGGGCACUGACAUUUCAAUAAUAUGUUUUAAUUUGUAAACAAUGCCAGGGUUAGAUUUCGACCCAUGAAAACCGUGGAAUUGACCAGGGUUCUCUGUAACUAUGUGAUUCGAAGAAAAAUAAAUUGUUUUCUCUCUGUUCAGUCUCCCACUCGACUGCGUUUGAUCUUUGCAAGUGAUUCUAGAAAGAUAGGGUCUUCGUCUCAGAAUUAGCUCUACAUUUAAUCUCGAAGAUAAGUCAUUAUUAAUUUUGAAAUUCAUUAUAGGGACACACGUUAGCAGAUUUGCUUUGUACAGAAAUAAUUGUACUUUGAGCUGGCCAAAUUCCAAACCGAUGUAUAGAUACAAACAUAUGUAGAUACGUGUAUCUAUUUACCAAUAAGCAUGACACAUUAUACAGCUUGUCUAAGACAUUGUAGGGUUUAUAACUCUUCAGUAAUAGUAUGGGUCUACAAAUAUAGAGUUUCUAUAUAUUUGAAAAUUGCAUUUUUCUGUUCUGUUAUAAUCCAAGCAAUUGUCCUUUUUGUAUAUUUAUGCUCAGCAGGUGCACUGAUAAACCUCUGCUACCUAAAAAUAGUAAUCAUUUGUGUUUUACAGAAAUCUGUUGAAAAAAUAUUUUUCUCUUUAAAAUAAAUAAUAAUUUCAAAAAUGCUGUAUCGUACAGCAACUCCUGUAACCCCUUAAAGACACAUGACAUGUGUGACAUGUCAUGAUUCCCUUUUAUUCCAGAAGUUUGGUUAUUUUUGUCCUGUUUUAUAGUAAGUAUUACCUCUUGAAGAUCUGUUAUCCAUUGACAAUGUUGCUAUUCAAAAAGUCAACAAUGUUUUGAAACUUGUUACUAAUGAUAAAAAUGGGCUGCAGGGAGCAUGCAAUAUCAGCAGCCAAUCAGUCUGUGAUAUUCAAAGUAACUCCCAGCUUUCUACAAUGCAGGAAAUCAUUAUGUUAAAGUAAUGCUGUAGGCACUGUAGCUGCUUCAUCUCAUUGAAGUGGUUCAGCAGCAUCACUAGGGUUUGUGUUGCCCUGUGUGAUCAUUCAUGGUGACAGGCCCACUUCCCUCAUGGACUUACUCUUUAUUUAUUUAUAAGAUAUUUUACCAGGAAGGAUACAUUGAGAUUUCUCUCGUUUUCAAGUAGGCCCUGGGCUCACAAACACUGCAUUGUUACAAUAAGUUGCAAUAUAAUAUUAAAUAUAAAUUUAACACACAGUUUCUGAUGGUGUCAGUGUUUUGUUUCCGUGGAUUACCAUCAAUACUAUCAGUGAUGCUGCUGGAACUCACAAGAGGGAUAUGCAUGGUCUUCACUUAACGUAGCUGCAGACCCGUAUGUCUCUGGUCUUUCAUGCAAUUGUCCACUGGGUUGGUCUUUAAUCUCUUUUCACCAGUACCUUCUGCAUGGGCCAGCUGUGGUGCCCUAAGGUCGCUGCAUGGUAGUGCCGGCCCAGUUGGUGUCAUCCGGUGUGGUCUUUACCAUCUAAGUGAUGCUAGUGUUGGUUGUUGUGUCUAAAGGUCCCCGGUGCUGUCCUCUAUGCUGCUUGGGCUAAUAAAGUAACAUCAGCCUGAGCAGCAAUGGGUGGAUGUAAAUGACUAAGUGUCAGAUGACUGCUUUCAGCCUAUCACAGCCCCCAUUGCUGGUAUAUUCACGUGUUGUAUGGAGGAAGUGUGUUAUCUCUGUAUUAGCCACAGGAAUAAACCCUUAUUUAGUGUUAAACUGCUGAAAAAUGAUUUAACGUUAGAGGGACAGCACCAGGGAACUACAACUACAACCAAUUGAAUGAGAUAAAAUUGUUAUAGUGCCUACAAUGUCCCUCUAAAACACAAUGAUUAUUUAUGACUGAAGUGGCCAUGGUGUUUGGAGUAACCCUUUAAAGUUUCUGAUGAGAGAGAGAGAUCAUUUUUUUAUUAUUAUUAUUUUUUUAUUUUUUACAUGCAGUAUAUGGGACUCCAUUGCAUGUUUAAUCACUUAUUUAUUAGAUGUAUACACAAAGUCUAUGCUCUUUUCAUGGGGUUCAUUGACCAUUGACUUCCAACCUGUGGCCAAGCAAGUGGUAUAAAUGAUGGAUUAGUAGCCAUACUUCACAUUGUUUAAAAGGAGGAAUUUAAGGAGGUCUAAGCAAGUCUUGGUGUCAGAUUUCAUGAUAAGCGAUAAACUUACCCUGGUACUUCCUCCACUGAUGUUUGUGGGAAAUGCACUUGAGUUCUAAUUGAUAAAAGCUGCUCAAUGAGCUAAUUAUGUAUCCGUAGCUGUGCAUCUUUAUAUGAUCUGAGUCAGAAUUAUUUAAUUUUGUUUUUGACUGACAUUUUAUAUAUUACUAGACAUAAAUUUUAUCUAAAAAAUAAAUACAAUUAAAACCAUUUUACUUGUCGCAGAAUCCUCAUGAGUUUUAAAAAAUUAAAAUGUGUACAUAGUCCCAUAUGUUGUUCAGUGAGUAAUGAUACAAACAUCUGCAAAGUGCCACACCUCACUCGCUUAAACUGUUCUAGCUCGCUAAAGGAUCAUACUGAAUAAUUUAAAGCCCCGGGCACAGGGUUAAAUAUAGCUGCUGCUGCUGCUACACUGAAAACCAUAUAGUUUGAGUACUUGGCUGUUUUAAGAAAAUAACUUUUUACUGCUCUGAGAUGAGGGAGUGGAAUGCAAGUAAAAAUUAUUUUUGUGGUUUAAAAUGGAAAGGAAAGCCAAUACAUAUAGCAUUUCAGCAACAACAAAUAAAUAAUAAAAAUGUGUGUAAUAUGUGUAAUUUUUAUUUUUUGUAAUCUUAUAGAGCACCAACAUAUACUGUAGCACUUUACACCUAUUACAAAGAGGGAAAUCAGACAGCAGCUAAUUGCCAAACAAAAAUACUAUUGACAGAACUAAGCGUUCAACCAAAAAUAGGCUCCUAAAGUAACACUAUAGUAUUGGGGAUUAAAAAGUGUAUUCCUAGCACUAUUGUGUCCCUCUGCGCCUCCUCCCCUCUAAUGGUAAAUAAAGGGAUAAAAAAAACUUUUUACACUUGCCUAAUUCAGUGCGAAUCAGGAACCUAGUGCUCAUGCAUUAAUCCUUCCCUAUAGAAAAGCACUGAAUCAACAAGCAUAAAAGAUCACAUGAUUACAUUAUGGCCCAUAAAACAAAAUAUACUAUGAAAUGGGACGGAAAGUACAAUGAAGUUUCCUGGAUAAGUAUCCUGUACUUUUUCUGAGUGAUAAGUCUUCUCGUCGCUAAAGACGUUUGAACCAGCUUUGUAGGGGAUCUGGUCAAAAUAUGAAAUCCGACAUAUUCACUACAUCUUGAUCCAUCAUACUUCAUCUUGCUGUAGUUAUAGGAAGAUUUAAUGAUUGUAGGAAAAGAACACAAAUGACUUUUGUGCAUCCACAAUCUUUAACACUGUUCCAGAGUGCAUAUCUGCAUAUUAAAUAUUUUGAGUAAGUGAUUUUGUGAACCCAUGAUAAACAAAACUGAUGCUGCAUGGAAUUACAAAGACAGGGGAAAAAAGAACAAAAAGCAUCCACCAUAUAUUAUUGAUGACAUGCCUUAUAGUAAUCGAUUUGCUUGAAAAAGUAAAGGUAACAAAAUUGCAGAAUGUCAGACAAAUAGACCAUUCCUGAUCUAUUAAAUGUCUUGACUCCUACACUUAUUACCAUACCAUUGUCUGGACAUAUCAAAUUUCAUGUGCUUUAAAGGACCACUAUAGGCACCCAGACCACUUCAGCUUAAUCUAGGAUUAACCCUGCCUGCUGUAAACAUAGCAGUUUCAGAGAAACUGCUAUGUUUACAAUAGGGUUAAUGCAGCCUCUAGUGGCUGUCUCCUUGAAAGCCGCUAGAGGCACUUCCGCACUUCUCACUGUGAUUUUCACAGUGAGAAGACGCCAGCGUCCAUAGGAAAGCAUUGAGAAUGUGCGCGUGGCUCUUGCCGCGCAUGCGCAUUCAGCCAAUGACGACAGGAGGAGAGUCCCCAGCGCCGAGGGAGCCCGGCGCUGGAGAAAGGUGAGUGUUUAACCCCAUUCAGCCUGGCGAGAGUGGGACCCUGAGGGUGGGGGCACCCUCAGGGCACUAUAGUGCCAGGAAAACGAGUUUGUUUUCCUGGCACUACAGUGGUCCUUUAACCCCUUAAAGACACAUGACAUGUGUGACAUGUCAUGAUUCCCUUUUAUUCCAGAAGUUUGGUCCUUAAGGGGUUAAUUUCAUACUGGAGCAUAUUCUGUGUAAUAUUUGUGCACAAAGCAAGCUAAUUAAAAAUGCAAUAACUGAUGAUGGUUGUAGAGACAAUCUCAAAUAAUGACAUUGCACAAAAUUGUGCUGUGACUUUUUUGAAGCAUAAAAACAUACAGUGUGACUGCAGAGAAGAAUCAUUCGGCCCAUCUAGUCUGCCCAAUUUUCUAAAUACUUUCAUUAGUCCCUGGCCUUAUCUUAUUGCUAGGAUAGCCUUAUGCCUAUCCCACGCAUGCUUAAACUCCUUGUUAACCUCUGCAACUUCAGCUGGAAGGCUAUUCCAUGUAUCCACUACCCUCUCAGUAAAAUACUUCCUGAUCUUAUUUUUAAACCUUUGCCCCUCUAAUUGAAAACUGUACUCUUUUUGUGGUUUUUCUACUACAACAAGAGGACAAACUCUGCAAACUACAAAAGUUGACUCAUAUAAGAGACUAUGAGAAGUGUUAAAGGAACACUUCACAUCACUAGCUUGCCAAGGUAUUUUAUGUUUUAUUUUAUUUUUUUAAUUCUUUUUAUUUAGUUUUGUCAUAUUACAUUUCAAUACAAAAAUAUUCAGCUUAUUCAAUAAUAUCUUAUUAAACAUGAUUCAAUAAGCAUUUGACAAAUUUACAUUACAAACAAUUUAAAAUCAUUCCGACCAGGAAUUUCUUUAAGCUUGUUUUACAUAACUCAUGUUAUGUGUUUUUUAUGUUUUAAGAGUGUUUUUUUUUUUUUUUUUUAAUGUAAAGUGCAAAUUUCAACAGAAAUUGGCAUAUUUAUAAAGACAUUGUUACAUCCACCUGGCUGCCAAUCCAACAACAGGUCAUGUUACUUUCUAGCUGUUUAAACUCAAGAGUCAGCAAUUGACCAUAGCACCUGUGUUGCGUUAGAAAGUCUGUGAUUGGACAUUCACAGAAAGUCUGGGCAGAGUAGGAAGAGGAGGGCUUGCAAAGGAGACAGACGAGAUCUUCAACUUUUAUAACCUGUUUUUAGAUAUACCUAAAAUGAGAAAAAUGUAUGCAUGUUUUCAUGGUUUUUUUUUUUUUUUUGGUACCUCUAAUAUAAGUUCAUGCAUAGAAUAGUGCAUCCUCUUUGUUCCCAGGAGACGAGGAAAAGUGAGUGUGUGUUUUUUUUUUUUUUUUUUAUGGUAAAGAAUAAUGUCUCUAAUUGCUGGAAAUUGUUAGCAUUUAAAAUUGACAAAAGAUAUGUCUGUGUAAAACCAGAUGUUGGAAAGUACAAAGGAUAACGUUUUUAAAAUGCAAGUUUAUUAAGACACAUCUGCUUUACAAUUAAGUUAUUUCUGGGAAGAAAAUGAAAUAACCAGGACAUUUCUGUUACAAAUGGUAUCGCAUUAAAGGAUCACUGAAGUUACCAGAACACUGUAUCUCAAUGAAAUGGUCUAAGUGUAGUGGUCCUGUCACUUUAACCCUUCCAUGUGGAAACAGCAAUGUAUACAAUGUAUAUGUCUUCCUAAAGGCACUUCCACCCCCAUAGCAGAGUUAAACUCUACUAUUCAAUCAGAUGCUCUCAUUGAUAACAUUUGAUUGGCACAACACAAUGUUUUGCUGCACAUGUGCACUAGCCUCCCAAUUACAGUGGAUUGGAUGAAAUCAUGAAUCUGGAUGAUCUCAGCCAAGGAGUUAGAGCAGCUGCAGCAAGACCAGCGCAGUGAAGGACUAAAGGUAGCUACAACUCUUUUUAAACCUUAACUGCAGUUUGGGCCAGGUCACCUAUAGGUGAGGGAACACUAUUGCUUUAGGAGUAAAUGUUUGCAUUCCGAACACUACAGUGUUCCUUAAAUCUCCAUACAAAGCUACAUUCUUUUUAAAAACCUGUUGAUAACCAGACAUUUUUUUUUCUUCUUCUUUUGGACACUAAUCCUUAUUAAUGCAGUUAGGGUGGAAGAAAUAAAAAAAAAAAAUAUAUAUGUAUUUUCACAGUAAGUUUUUAUAGCUAAGUUUUUAAAACUAUUUUAAUAAGUAAAACUGAUUAUGUUGCACCUAUGUUAAUUUAUACCCUAGACCAAAAACUAUUUUCUGCCACAGAAUAUACCUUUUUCUAAGUGUGUACAUAAUUAAUUUUUGCUGUGCACACACUAUAUGGACAGGUAGUAUUUAAUCUGUUUAAAUCGAACCUAUUGGCCACUGGUGUAUAAAAUCAAGCAGUAAGCCAUGCAGUUUGCAUUUACAAACGUUUGUAAAAAAAAAUUGAUUGUUCUGAGCUUCCAUAGCUGAAGAGUUCUAAACUUCUACUGGCAUUCAUAUCGGCACAGAAACUGUGCGGAUUGAACUUCAUGGAAUGGGUUUCAUGGCCAAGUAGCUGCAUGCAAGUCUCAUUUCCUGUUUUCUUAACACAAUUUCCCUUACCUGGUGUCUAGAGGACCGAGAGAAAGUAAAAUGAUUACCAAUCCUUGCACUAUGCUUGGAGGGAAUUUUUCUACAAAGACAGGAACUUCAGCGGUGUUUCACAUAAGACGCCUGUAAUACUGACACAUUGACAAGCUCUGCUCCCUUAGGGGCAGAUAUGUCUUCAGUGAUGGAAUUAGUGGCACACCCAUAUAGUGGUCCCUCCCUCACCUGACUUCAGAUCUGCCACUGUGUGUGUGUGUUUUUUGUUCAUUUACACACACACUAGUCGUGCAGGUGAAGAUGGAAUGCUUACAGGAGGUGCCAGCUGCUGAAUAAUGUGCCUUUGGAUGUUUAGAUUUAUUAUAUAUUUUUUUUCUUUUUUCAAUCUCUCCAUUCAAAAUUCAGCAAAGAGAUACAAAAUAAAUACAGUGAGCUACCUGACAAAUGUAGCACCAUUUCAUACUUGAUAAUUUUCAAAUUAUCUUUGAUGGAUAAUGACCCAUUCCUAUUUUUUUUUUCCCUCUUCUUCUGGACAAAUACUAUUGUUCAUUACAUAGGGGUGGGUGUGUAUAUAUAUAUAUAUAUAUAUAUAUAUAUAUAUAUAUAUAUAUAUAUAUAUAUAUAUAUAUAUAUAUAUAUAUAUAUAUAUAUAUAUAUAUAUAUAUAUAUAUAUAUAUAUAAAAUUAAACCCUUAUUCUCAUGCAGGCUGUUUAAGUCACAACCAAGGUGUACCUAUGGCUGCAUAAACCGAAAAAGAAUUAAAGGAACACUAUAGGGCCAGGAACACAAACCUGUAUUCUUGACCCUAUAGUAUUAAAAUCACUAGCCUCCCUGCUCCCACCACCUCUAGCCAUCCUAAAUAUAGUAAAAUCUUACCUUUUUUCCAGUUUGCCAGUGCUCCGUCCCUGACCUGCCUUCUUGGCUGAUAUCAGAAGUGAUGAUAUUCCCAAACACAAUGGUUUCCCAAUUCUGAUCAUCUCAGCCAAGGUGGUAGGCCAGAGGAAAAGCCAAAUGCCUCCCUGGCCAAUCAGCAGCCGACUCUGCAGCACUGCCCCAGGAAUCCCCUCCAGUGGCCACUGGAGGUGUACCUAGACUGUAAUGUAAACACUGCCUUUUCUCUGAAAAGUCAGUGUUUACAAAAUAAAACCCUGAAGGGGCUUACUAUAUACUCCCAAGAACAACUACCUUAAGCUGUAGUUGUUCUGGUGACAAUAGUGUCCCUUUAAUGUGACUUCUAAAUUGCAGAGAAAAACCCUGAUAUAGUGUAAUACAGUACAUAUAUGCAAAUAGUAAUCACUCACUAGAGAGUUGAUGAAUAUGUUGCCUUAGGGUGUCUCCUGUUAGAAUCCUGAGGGGCUGUUCCAGAUCCUGUUCAUGGGGUUUUUUUGUUUUUUUUUAUAUCUUCCGGUGUCCUGCUUUCCAUGGUAUGUGGUGAUAACUACCUAAAGCACAAAGAGAAUUUGGAGCAGCCCCCGAGGUUUCUAAAAGGAGGCACUCUAAGGCAACCUAUUCAUCAACUCUCUAGUGAGUGAAUUACUAUUUGCGCAUAUAUCUGUACUUUACUGUAUUACACUAUAUCAGUGUGUGUUUGGUUUUGUAGAUCUACAACAGUAUCCUCAUUUUUUUUUGUGUUGGUUCGCUAUUUUGAGGGGUACUACCUGUUAUAUCCCUAGAGGAAGCUGUGCAUUAUUAUUUUAAGUUGUAUAUCUUUUAUUCCACACUGUUCAAUUCAAGUUGAGGUUGUGGAAAUUGUACUGAUAAACUAGUGAAACUGCAGGGGCAUGAUCGAUACACUAAAACAACUUCUUUAAAUUUAAAGUUGUUUUUGUACAUAGUGUCCCCUUAAAUCUAAGAAUUGUGCCCCUUCAAUUAUUUAUUGAAAUAAAUUGCGAGAAAGAGGGUGAAAGGUUUUUUACAUUAUUUGCUAAAAUAUUUGACUUCAUAGAAAAGCAAUACACUAUUGAAUAUUGUGUGUGUGUGUGUGUGUAUAUAUAUAUAUAUAUAUAUAUAUAUAUAUAUAUAUAUAUAAUCUGAGUGUGCCCUCCUAUCUCUGCAUUAAGACACAUUCUUUAAAUACUCAAGGCCACCCUGAUUUUACCAGCAUUUUUUGUCUGUGAGUUUGUCCAUUUAACCUUGUGGGAACACAUUCUCCAUGCCUCUUAUCAAUCAGGCCAGUGAUCUUGUCAAUGGUAUUUUAAAUCACAGUUUUUAUUUUAGAGGAGAGCUUUGUGGACUCUUCUUUUUUUCAGCGUUUGCCUUGUGUUUGGUAAAUGAUCUAUUUUGUCCAUUAACUCUGCACUUUGCAGGUCUGUUUACAGCAAACCUUCAAGUUGCAUUCCUUACCAAGGGCACAUAACAAAGCCACAGUUACUCUGUGAAAGAAUGAACGCACUCAACUGAACAAAAGACUGCUUUAAUCCCAUUCUGUGAUUUCACUGAAAAACCCCUAAAAGCACUGAAUAGUCUUUAUUCUGCAUUAGGAACCGAGAAAUCUUUUUCUGAUGUUACUAGAUGAUGAUGUGUAUGUGUUGUGUUGGCUAAACCAAAAUAUUUUUAAUUGUAUCUUCUACAAAAAAACACAAAACAGAUUUUAUCUAAUUUUGGCUAGCAACACUGGCUGUAAUGUUGAGUUUUGUGUUUUUUUGUUUUUUUUUUCUUUUUCUAUGUAUGUGAAAGUUUAAUAAAGAGAUGUUCACAUACACACCCACACAGUCGGACAUGAAUGUGAAUAGUCAGCAGUGCACUGCAGGUGGUAAAAUUCCUAAUGUCUCAUAACUCGAGUUGCUCUGUACAAGUCAUCUUACAGAAGUAUAAAAAAAUACAAAAAAAGUUAUUUAAACUAAAAAAAUAUAUACGGUAAAGCUCAUGUGUAGUCCUUAUUGUUAAGAAGUUAACUCUUGUGAUAAAACAAACAUUUUUAGCCUCAAUUAAAAUGUAUUCAGUAACCGACCGUUAUAUGUAGUGGUAAAAAAAAAAGUUGCAAAGUCGGAUCAGCUGUUCCUGGACUAGGUAAAGAAUUCACUACCGAGCUCUCAAUCGAGCAAAUAUGAGAAAAGCGAACAAAAAAGCCUCUGUGUGUGUGUGUAUAUAUAUUUAUAUUAUAUACUAUUGUAACUCCCUCCUAAUUGAUCUUCCCAAUAGCCGUAUUGGCCCGCUACAGUCUGUAAUGAAUGCUGCCGCCAGACUGAUUUUCCUCUCUAGUCGGUCCUCUCACACCUCACCCCUCUGUCAGUCCUUACAUUGGCUCCUGUAUCCUAUAGGAGUCAAUUCAAAGUGCUAACCCAUACCUGUAAAGCACUGAAUAAUCUUAGCCCCUCUUAUAUCUCCUCACAGAUCCAUAGGUAUGCCCCUUCUCGGUCUCUCCGCUCUGCCCGUGACCUUCUUCUGUCCGCUGCUCGUACCCGUACGGCCAACUCACGCUUGCAGGACUUUUCGUGGGCGGCUCCCGUCCUAUGGAAUAACCUGCCUACCGCCAUCAAACUCUCCCCUAGUCUUCAAUCAUUUAAAGGACCACUAUAGUUCCAGGAAAACAUACUCGUUUUCCUGGCACUAUAGUGCCCUGAGGGUGCCCCCACCCUCAGGGACCCCCUCCCGCCAGGCUCUGGGAGAGGAAGGGGUUAAAAUCCUACCUUUCUCCAGCGCCGGGCAGGGAGCUCUUCUCCUCCUCGUCGGCUGCGUGCGCAUUCAGCCAGUCUCGUAGGAAAGCAUUCAUAAUGCUUUCCUAUGGACGCUUGCGUCUUCUCACUGUGAUUUUCACAGUGAGAAGCACGCAAACGCCUCUAGCGGCUGUCAAUGAGCCACUAGAGGCUUUAGAGGCUGGAUUAACCCAUUUAUAAACAUAGCAGUUUCUCUGGAAAAAAAAAAGGGGUUAACCCUAGCUGGACCAGGCAUCCAGACCACUUCAUUAAGCUGAAGUGGUCUGGGUGCCUAUAAUGGUCCUUUAAGAAGUGCCUUAAAACUAAUUUCUUUAGGAAAGCCUAUGGCCUCCCAGACUAACCUCUACCUCACAUACCUGCCUCUUGCUCUCUCCUAAAGGGCAGCACUUUACUCUCUCCUCCAGCUCUGCUCCACUCCCACCUAAUUUGACUUCUGUUCCCUGUCCUAAUGUGUUUUUAUACCCCACCUCCCAUAGACUGAAAUCUCGUUUGCGCAGGGCCCUCUUCAACCCUUUGUUUCUGUAAGUUUUCUUGUAAUUGUCCUAUUUAUAGUCAAAUCCCCCUCUUAUAAUAUUGUAAAACGCUACGGAAUUUGUUGGCGCUAUAUAAAUCGCAAUAAUAAUAUUAUUUAUUGCAGUUACUAGGUAUUUUUAAACUGAAUAAAGUGGUGAAAAUCUGGUAUACAGCACCAGAAUUAUGUUUAGAAAAUGGCAAAGCUGAAGCUAUACAUCCAAUUUUACUAUGUAAGGCAAAGUUUUGUGAGGGCCGCCCUUUCGUUCAUCAUUCGAAAAUGUUUGUGUUUUGACAUUUUAUUAAACAAUAGAGUACUAAACAAUACACAACACCUGCAUCAAAUGGCUUACUGUAAAAGAUAAUUUGACUAGUAAUAUGCAAAAACAUUUGCUAAAUACUUUCUAUGUGGAAAAAUUAUAGAAGUUUAUCACGGAGGAGGUGGAAUGUCAUAAAUAUUAAAAGCCCAAAGAAAAACUUUUUUUCUGCUGAAGAAUGUUCUAUUUACACAUGCACCAUGUGAUAAAUUCUAAAGUAGACUUGAUUUUUAUUUAUUUAGUGUUUAUUUAGUAACCUUUUGGAACUUUUAAUCAAUGGUAAGGAUAGACGUUGACAGUUCUUACUUUUAUUUUUUUUUUUUUUUUUAGGAUUUGUUCAUAGUUUUGAAGUGCUUUUAUCUAUUGUAAGCUAAAUGCAAAAGUUAGUUUUCUAUUUCUUUGUAUAAUAAAAUAAUUGUGUAAAGAAUAGACGGAUGCAGGUAACUAAACAACUGAUUCUGGGGACUUUUAUAUGACAUAUCUCCAAAGACCUGUGUAGCCAAAUGCUAUGUAAAUUAACGACUUUAGAUGUAGAUUAAAGGACCACUCUAGGCACCCAGAUCACUUCAGCUUAAUGAAGUGGUCUGGGUGCCAGGUCCAGCUAGGGUUAACCCAUUUUUUUUAUAAACAUAGCAGUUUCAGAGAAACUGCUAUGUUUAUGAAUGGGUUAAGCCUUCCCCCAUUCCCUCUAGCGGCUGUCUCACUGACAGCCGCUAGAGGCGCUUGCGUGCUUCUCACUGUGAUUUUCACAGUGAGAGCACGCCAGCAUCCAUAGGAAAGCAUUGAUAAUGCUUUCCUAUGUGACCGGCUGAAUGCGCGCGCAGCCAGCCGACGGGGAGGAGAGGAGGAGGAGGAGGAGGAGGAUCGGAGGAGGAGAGCUCUCCGCCCAGCGCUGGAAAAAGUUUUUACCCCUUUCCCCCUUCCAGAGCCGGGCGGGAGGGGGACCCUGAGGGGGCACCCUCAGGGCACUAUAGUGCCAGGAAAACGAGUAUGUUUUCCUGGCACUAUAGCGGUCCUUUAAAGUAUUUCACUACACAAACCAGAUGAUGGCAUCUACUGCAUUUAUCUUGUCUAUAACUAUAUCUCGUGAUAACCCCAAAUUACUUCAACUGUCUUAACAUGAUUUUUAACAAAAUGAACAGCGUCAAUAUUUUCUGUUUGCAUCUGAUGACUUGGAAUAAAACUCUAUAUCCAAAAGGUACAUUUUGCAAAAAAAGCUUUUAUUAAAAUUCGCUCAAGUAUUCCCAAGCCCUAAAACCGUACCCUUUAUUAGCUGCUGAACUGCAUUUAGUUUUGUUUUGCCUAGCACAUACUUUGUUCUUACAUGGCUGUAUAAAUCUAAUGCCUUCUGUGGUAGCAUAGAUAAAGAGGCCCUGCAGAUGUUGCUGAACUACAACUCCCACGAUUCUAUGAAUGAAAUAGAUAGGCUGAGAAUCAUGGGAGUUGUAGUUCAGCAACAUCUGGAGGGCCGGAGUUUGGGGAAGCCUGCACUAGUGUUAGGAAUACGAAACUGUAUUUCAAACAAUAGAAUGUCCAUCUGCCUUAAUGCAUACUUAGAGCUUAGGUUGUUAAUGAAAAAUGCCUAGUCUGAGUGUAUCUCAGAUACAGGGAAUCUGCUCAAAUAGGUAAUUUCUGAAGUGCCCCCUAUUUAACUUUUAGUACGGAGUCGAAGCUGAACAUCCGGUGUAUAAUAAUUUAACAUUUUUCUAAUCUUAAACUAAAAUCACCAUUUAAAAAGUUCAAACUAACUGAGAUUGUAAUGUAAAUGUUGUGAGUUGAAUCCCUAUAUGGUGUUAUUUUUUUUUUUUUUUGUGUUAAUUAUUUUUUAAUAACAAUUGAUUAUCAAGUGUAUAUAUGUAUGUGUGUGUGUGUAUGUGUGUAUAUAUAUAUAUAUAUAUCAUGGAAAAUUUAAUAUAAAAUAUAUAUACACACACCUUGGUUCAUGUAAAACCUAUGCACUGCAUGUGACAUCUCAAACAAUAUUUUUUUGGGUGUGAUUUAACAAAAAGCAUAAUAAAAAAGAGAAAUGGGUUGAUGCCCAUACAAGGAAUCCCUGGUCAAGGUGAAAACCAAAACAUUUAUUCACUAAGCUAUAAGGGAACAAAUGUUACCAAACACUGCUCUAGUACCAGUAAUGUCUGCUAAAAUGUGGCCCCUAUUCUCAGCACUUAGUGUGGAUGCGGAAUAUAAUGUCUCCCAAUCUUUGUACUGUUUGUACUGCGUGCUGAACCCUCGGAGUGCCAGAGGUAUGCCACUCUUGUUACUUUGCAAUGUACUGGUCAUGUUUCUGGCACUCAAAUGCUUAAACACAUUAAAUAAGGUGUGGUUUUUUUGUUUUGUUUUUUUGACAUCCCAUAAUCUUAAAACGUAACCAGUUGUCACUGGUGUUGUUCUAUCCCCUAAUUAAUAUCGUAAGCUCGGCAUAAUAUGUGGCUUUCAUAUAAAGAGUACUUUAGGGUUUUCCAUACUAAUGGUGUGGGGUCCUCAUUUUAAAAAAUAAAGUAUCUCAAUAUUUGUUUUCUCAAGAUUGUGGGAAGUUUUGUGUUCCAGGUAACCAUCAAAGCAGUUACAACUAUCAAAAUGCCAGACAGACAUUUCAGAUCAUAUUUCUUUAUUUCAUACUGUUCAGACUGGUUGGUGUCCAAUACUCAUCCCCUCAAGCUGUUAAAUACAUUCCAAAAUGUUAUUAUUUUUAAAAUGAGCUUUUCAGAUAUUCCUAGCAAUUCGAAUGCCUCCUUGUGGCUGUGUAUGGUAGUCAAACUAAUUAUUAUGCUGAAAUAUUUACAUGCCAGAGAUAAAUAGAUAGAGAUAUAUAUAAUAUGCCCAAAACAAUGUUGCACUCCCCAGAUUCCAAAUGUAAACGCCCGGUGCUUCUGAGCAAUAUUACACAAAUUAAAAAUAGGUAGCACUCAAAGGUUGUAAAACCUAGCUUUUAUUGCUCAAAAAUCGACUUUUCAGUCUGCCCCAGUAGACUUUCAUCAGGAUAAGUAUACAGUGUAAAUAUACAUCAAUAAAUACCAAAUACAAAAAUUACAUUAACUCACCCCACCAAUGUGCUUGCUGUUCUGAGGACGCCUGGACUGUACGCGAAGCGCAACAAUCACAUAAUUACGCCACACAGCGUGGGUUUGUGCCGUGCCGUCACUCUGCAUCAUUGUAUAAAUAUACAAGGGAAUACAAUUUCAAUGUGAAAACGAUUAUAUUCCUAAAAAUCCAAAUUAAGGUGAUUAGCAGUUAUGCUACUUACACCUUGUUCAAUCUACAUCAAACGGGACUAUCAUAGGCCGAUCGAAUGGAUCAGGCUUAGUAGUGGCAUGGCACAAGUUUGGUUGUUUGAAUCUCACUAUUGGGUAAAUAACUUGCUUGAUUCAUAUUCCGCAGAGGGCUAGGUUGCCCACAGUUUAAUGUAACGCAAAUUUUUUUUCUUGCAUACCUUACCACUAAACCUACAGAGUCUGCAAUAUACUGUGUGUGUGUGUGUGUGUGUAUAAAAUAUGUAUAUAUAUAUAUAUUACACACACACACCCAUGAAUAUACCCUUUAUCACUAAAAAGUGCUAGCCCACAUUGGUACUAUUCAAUAUCUCAACUCCAAGUAAACUAAGUUAUAGAAAUAACCAUUGAUACACAUUGGUAACCAGUAUAACAAUUAUGGCUACACCAUGUUGCCAGUCAAAUGUCUACACAAAGUAGACCUUUCCUGUGUCACAAAUUGUCAAUGGCUUGUAGUCAUAAUCAACCCAAGUGAGGGGGUGUCUCGCUAUAUUCUGUAGGGUCUAUCCCCCAGGGAACCUCCCUAAUGAUCUAUCUAUCCAUCUAUCUAUGUGGCUGUUAGUCAUUUCAUUAAAUCAUUUUACAAUAUUUGUGAUGGUUGGAAACAAUUUUCUUUUCUUUUUCUUGUUUUGCAGGUCAUUUUGGGACUUGGACAUAGUCUUCAUUUACAGGUAUAGUCUAUUAAAUACAAUCUGUUCUUGUCAAAUGUGUGCAGUUUUGUUCCUGUAAAAAAAUUAUACACUUUAAACGUUAAGACAGGAAAGUUCUUUACAUUAUUGCUAAAGCUUGCUUUGUAACAUUUUAAUAGGACAAGGACUGACGUAAUUUGUGUUAAUUUCUAUAUUGUACUUUUAAGUGGAAGUAAACUCUUAAUAUUAAAAUGUCUCUAGUAUUCAAGUUUUGAUUCACCCAGGGGUCUUGCUAAAUGGGGAAUCGUGUGUGUGUGUACAUAUAUGUAAAAAAAAAAAAGGAUGAAUGGAACAAAUCAUACAGAUGCUAAUCUACACUAUGACUAAUUCUGUUGUUUCCUAAUGGAGUAUAACUAAAUUGCAAUACUGUUACAUUUUCUUUUAUUUUGUAAAUCCUCACGCAGGGCAUAAUGCAAACAUACAAGACAUUUUAUGUACGGUCAAUUGCAUUCUUGUAUCGUAUGUGUACUGUCCUUGUUGUAAUUUAUUUUAUUUUUUAUAAUUUUUUUCCUUCUUCAAAAGGUGAGAAAAAGAAGUGACAACAAACCUGGUGUAAAACCAGAAUAUACACGUCUAAUACGGCAGAAACGGGAAUGGAUUAUCCCACCUCUUUCAAUAGCAGAAGAACAGGAUAAUUCUUUUAGGAAUCCUAUAGCAAAGGUGCGUGUUGCAAGAAUAUGUUUUUGUAUAUUUCUGAAAGGUUUUUAAAAGAUGCCUUAUAUUAUGCCUUCUCAAUUACUUUCCACUACCAGCCCUGUGGUUGUUUUAACAACAAUAUCAAUUUUUUCAGAUUUUUAUUUUUUUAUGAUAUCCCACUCUUAAUAUUCUUGUUCCUCUGGUAUGGGGCCCUAAUCUGUUGCAUUCAACCUCACACACACCUGUUUUUUUUAAUUUAGUUUUUUGUUUUUUCCUCCUUCCCUUAAGCAAAAGCCGCAUCCAUCUCACUGCAACUGAAGUGAUUAAAAUGUAAUUACUAACUAGUAUCAACAGUAUCUUUCACAGAUGCAUACAAAUUUGCUUUAAAACAAUUCCCUAUUUUAAUGAAUGUUUUGAACUUGAAAGAAAAUCCUAUAUAGUAUAAAAUGUAUUGUUUUGCGUUAUAACAAAAAUGUCACUGAUGUAGCUGUAUAUCCUUUUUUUCUGUUCUCCAUUGAUCUUAUAUUUCAGUCAAUUUACCACAGACCAAAUAUGGUUUUUAUAUAUGAAACCAUGAGGGCUGCACCCACCUAAACAUGCAUAUAUUACAAGGGUGCUUUAAUAUAACAUACAAUAUCUAGACCACUCCUUUAUUAAAUUCUGUGGCACAUACCAAGAAAAACAUAUCUUUGAGGUGUGCCAUUCAUCAAUAAGUUUUUUUGUUUUUGUUUUUUUUGUUUGUUUUUCUCUCUUUUAGAAUUUGCUUGUGUAGCCCAUUUUUUUGUUUUAAUGGAUUUAAUGAAGGGAUUGUGGUUCCCUGUGGCGGGGGUUAUCCUUUUAAUUUUCCUUGAGAGCACUGUUCGUGUUUUGUUUCCUUUUAUAAAGGGAUAUUAAGUAAAUUUGAAUGUCCUUUCCUCUUACUUUUAAAAAAUAUAUUUAUUUAUUUUAAGCUACAAAUUAUUCUUUGUAUUCCUGAAUCAUGCAAUGGUAAAGACUAGAAAUAAAUAGGCUGCUCAUAAGUGGUCAGACACCAAAACAUGCUUUUUUCUGUGAACCAGCAUUUUCUUCUUUCUAUUAUUAAAAAAACUAAAAUUUGAAUUUAUAUAUACACAUUUUUUUUUUUUUUUUUAACCUGGAUGGGUGCCAGUCUAGAUUUGUUAAACAUUUCCAUUAUGAAUACUUUAAAUUUUAGAUGAAUAGUUCUUUCUAUGAACCCUUCUGACAUCUGAAACUAUAUAUUCAGUUGACAUAGUAUUUAUACAUUUUAUUAGAUGCAUCAUGAAGUUAACCUGAACAAUAAACAUGCCUUUUUUAUUUUUAUACAUUUUGUGUUUUCUUAAGUUGUGCCCAAGGUUUGGUGGAAAUUGUUACUAAGUCAUUAUUUUACAGUCCAUUUUUUUUUUCUUUUGUUCAGAUACAAUCUGACUACCAGGGCUCCAUAAGAAUUCGAUAUUUGAUCACUGGAGCAGGAGUUACUGAUCCCCCUCUUGGCAUAUUCUAUAUCAAUGAGAGGACUGGUGAAGUAAAUGUGACUGGGAUUGUGGACCGAGAGGAAACUCCAAUGUUCUUUGUAAGCAUUGAUUUAAUGGGUUGGGCAUAUGUUAAAUUGCUGAUCCAGAAUUCAUAACUUUUUUUUUUUUUUUAAUGAGCAAUACCAUAGGGUUAAUGGGAGCAAUUGAGUAUCUCCCACUGUAAGUUAUGGAAAAUGCAAUAUGUUCUAGACUGGAAACUAAAAGGAACCAUUCGCACUAUGUGGCCUGCACUAGGGAUAUUUUAAGAGUAUGUGUGGAGUUGUGGCCAGGGACUUGGCUGUUCUUUUUGUAGUCUAAAAUUUCAAAUUAACCUUGAACAGCCAACAAUUCACACUUUACUAAGAAACAUUGAAUAUAAUCCAACUUGAUCACAGCACUUUAUGAGACAUUCAGCAUCCCAGGAAAUGGUUUCAGCGGCAAUUCCCAAUUUAUUUAAGAUUUUUACCUUUUUUUUUUUUUUUUAAAGCUAUAAUGACGUGAUAUAAAUUGGGGUUGCUUAUGAUAAAAUGUAUCAGUCACUUUAGCAAACGUUUUACAACAGUAAUUUUAAAUUUAAGACCAAAACAGCAAAUCUUGGAAGCACAGCUGCCUGGGAGAAUUGUUCCAGUUCAGCUAUUUUGGUCUUAAAUGUAAUAUUGACUUUGAAUUCCCAACAAUUCUCAGUUUAGUGACUAACCAUGUGACUGUUUGAAGACCUGCACACAUGUACAAUAUGAUAUUCCUAGGUUUGAAAAAAGUGACUAGCAGGUGGCUGAGCUAUCUCAAGCACUUCAUGGUUGCUGUGGUUUAGAGGGUUGGCAUUACAAAUUCCUUCAAAUAAAGCUGCAGUGGUGAGAGCAUUAUAUUACCAAAUGUUAGUGAGGGGUACUUUCACCCUGAAUGGUAAAGAAUAUGAAUGUUUGGGUUUUUCUGUGUUUGUUUAUUUUUUGGGGGAAUGCGGGAUUCUUUUAUUUCUAAUUUGCGUAAAAAAAAAAAAAAAAAGCACAAUGUGCAAUUGAAUUACUAGGUGAGCUUUAAUACAUUAAAUGAAGAGCACCAAAAACUAACGUUCACCAGUGGCACUAGUUCUCAUCAACAAAGUUGUCUAUUGUGCUUUUCCACUGCUUUGGUUUUGUAUUUUCUAUGCUGAGGUAACAGCAUUGUUUUGCAUAAGUGUGGAUUGUUUCAUUUUAUUUUUGGCACUGCAGUGAGCACACUACAAAUCUGCUUUGAUUAAUUUACAUUAAAUGUAUCUCCUGCAGCUCAAAGGAUAUGCAUUGGAUCAGAGCGGUAAAGAUGUUGAGCCACCUAUUGAUCUUCGUGUAAGAGUUCUAGAUAUCAAUGAUAACGCCCCAAUUUUUACAUCUGAAGUUUUUAUCGGUGAGAUUGAGGAAUUGAGUGAAGCAGGUAAGUUGUUGUUAUGGACUGUAAUCUUAUCAAUUUCCUGAAUUAUUAUGUAUAUUAUCAGACAUAUUAAUCCAUGGUUAAUAUAAAAAUAUUUGCACAUGAUUAAUCCUGGCCUGUAAAUUAAGUAGUAUAGAUUGAUACAUAUAUAAUGAGCAAGUAUCUAUUUAUAUAUUAAAAAUAAAAAUGUUUGCCUUACCUGACUGAACUCCCUAGUACCAGCUUUGUCUAAAGCUGAUACUAGUGAGUUAGAGAGACACGGCGCCUACACAACCUUUUAUACAUUGCAUAGCUUAUGGUAUUAAUAAUUAGCAGUAUUUUGCAUGUUUAAUUUUAACCGAUUUAAACAUAGAUGCAAGUUCUGUUUAUGGGCUAUUGAUCAUGUUUAUAAUAUCUGCAAAGAGAGUUAAACGUAUAAUGCACAAAAUAUACUGUAGCCCUUGCAGUGAUGGAUUAAAGAUGUCCAACAGUUCACAUUCCUUAGAGCUGUGUAAUAGGUUUCUGAUUAGUAAGGUUUCGUCUUGGAGUUGGCUCAAGGCUCAUGAUGUGUAGACGGAAAUGUAUCAAAGUAAAUUGCAAAAUGUUGAGAAAUAUUCAGUUUCAAUGGCUAUUACUCCUUAGUUGACACUUGGUCCUAGAAGAGCACUUGUAUUUACAUUGCUAAAUCUCCCCUAUCAUGUGUUUGUUGUCCCCCUUUUUCUCUUAUGUUGAGUAGAAUGUUUAACAUGUUCAUACUUAUUCUGCAUUCUCUACAGACACCCUUGUAAUGAAGCUAAGUGCAACUGAUGCGGAUGAUCCACAGACAAUGAAUGCUAAACUUGCCUACAAAAUUAUCUCUCAAGAGCCAAGUACAUCACCAAUGUUUGUAAUCAUUAAAGAAACAGGUGAAGUUCGCACAAUUUCAUCCUCAAUCGACAGAGAGGUAAUAAAAUCUAUGCAUUUCCUUUUUAAUCUAAAUUAAUUGAUUUUGUUUUAGUGUUUUUUUUUUUUUUCUUCUCUCACUUACUGUCCUGUCUUGGUGUGACCGUUUGGAAGCAGUGGCAGGAUACCUUAAGCAGGGGUAAGCAACCUUCAUCACUCCAGAUGUUGUGGACUACAACCCCGAUAAUGCUCUUACACCUCCCAAAGCAUCAUGGGAAGUGUAGUCCAAAACAUCGGAAGUGCCAAGGGUUGCAUGUCCCUGCGGCCUAAUGCAUCAACUGCUGCAUCCUUUUAUUGCCCUCAAUGGGUUGUGGGUGCUGCCAGCUGCCAUGACUAGCUUACUGAAGGCCUAUUUCCUGUUUCUUGUUAGUCUCCGUGUGUUAGUGAUUUGUUUUUUUUUGUUUCUAUGUCACACAAUCUCAUAGAGUGCACUUCUUGCAUUGUUAUUCCCUGUAUUCCUAGAUAAUGAAAAUGUGUGAUUUUCGUUGGAAAUAUUCCAUUAUGUUCCCAUAUGGCCAUUAAGAUAAUUGCACAACAUACAAAAGGAUUUAACAUAAACUACAAAAGUGUACAGAACUUCACAUUAUCUCCUCUUACUUUGUCUAGACGAAAUCUGUUUAGAUAUUCCACUCAUCUUCAAUUUCUGUCACAGAAUUCAAAUAAAUGUUCUAUAUAUUCGUGAUUGACAAAGUCCAUGAAACCCUGUGAUGAUCCACAAUGUCUGACAUGGCAGUGGAGCAAUGUGUUAUGUCAUCUUUAUACUAUUGCACUGAAUAUCAGACUGUUUGCGCUAUGGUUGUAAGCCACUGUACUAGUCCCAAAAUGUAUUUAACUUAAAAAAAUACCAAUUCGUUGUUGAGUACUUGUAGAAUCAUAAAUAAAUUGACCUUAAACCUUACUCAUGUAAAUUCAUCAGUACAUGAAAUAUUUAAAGAUAUAUUCUAUUUUAAAAUAAUCAUUAAUACCCUCCCCAUAAUGCGCAAGCCCCACAUCUUUCUGAGUAAGCAUCGAUCCAAAUUUUUUUUCCUCAAUUCAUGGCAACCUGUUGUCUUUUUUGUUGGCAAGUAGUACAAUUGUCCCUUUAAAGGAAAACUAUAGCGUGUUAGGAAUACAAAAUUGUAUUGCUAAAACAAUAGUGCCUUAGGCCCUCCCCCUGCCAAGGCAAAUAAGGUUGUACACUUACCAAAGUUCGGCACCAUUGUCCCUCGGCGCUAGGUCGCGCUCCUACUCUGCUGAAGUCAGCCGAUGGGGAACCUAAUGUGCAUGCGAGUGCCCCACUCUUGCAUUAGGCUUUCCACAUAGGAAAGCCCUGGCAAAAUGUUUUCCUAUGGGGAUCUUCAAUACCCUGGAUGCCCUCAUGCAAACACACUGGAGGUUCUCAACUCCAGAAAGCGUCUGUGUUGGCUGUCUGGUAGUUAUCCACUAGAGGAAGUCCUAACCCUUUCAUGUAAACACUGCAGUUUCUCAAAACUUGCAAUGUUUUACAUUGCCGGGUUAAGAGAACCGGAACACUGCACUCAGACCACUUCAAUGAGAUGAAGUAGGCUGGGUGCCUAGAGUGUCCUUGUUAAUACCUUCACUAUCCCUAAUCCUUAAUGUUUAGAUUAACUAGAAUACCCUGGCAUUAAAUAAUCGUGUAAUAUAAAAGAUUUACAACACAGCUGAGUGUAUGAUGUGAAAACAAAUUCCAUUCUUGUCUUUUGGUUUAUUAUUAGAUUUUCGUAACAAAAUUAAAUAUUUUUUUCUCCCUCUAGCAACAAACCAGUUACAGUCUGGUUGUGGAAGUGAAAGACUUGGAUGGAGGUCCAGGUGCACUCGCUGGAAGAUCUACGCUGAAAGUCAAAGUUAAAGAUGUUAAUGACAACAUUCCAUACCUGGAAUAUGAGGAGGUAAAUAAAAAAAGAAGAAAAAAACUGGUGCUACCAAGCCUACUCUUUGCUUUUUACAAAUGGCAUUCAGCUGCCCAAUGCUUUAAUCUUUGAAACCAUAGUUUCAAAAUGUAUUGGUCCAUAUAUUAGUCAGGACCUUCCUGGUUUUGUAUGACAAGUGUUUUUCCUUUAAUCAUCUGAGAGCCAUAAAUGUGAGCCUUGCAUAGGUUUGAUUUCAUGUCCGUGUCGAUUUUCCCUAUUAUUGUUGUUAUUAUUUUUUAGUUUUUUUACCUUAUUGUGUUCAAGCUUUAGACCGAGCAACAGAUGCUGCAUUCCUUCUGCUACUUUACAAAACGGCAGAAUGCCUUUCACUUGAGAGCUUGACAUUUACUCAAAUACAAGUGAGACUAUGAAAAAGAAGACAAUAAAAAUGCAAAACCCUGGUGGAACUCUCCACCUUGCAACAAUUAAGUGUUCAGCUUAAGUUAUUGUUGUCUAGUGUUUUGAGUUACUACUCAAGGUAAAGUAGUAGAACAGAAGUAAGGACUGUCCUAAAAUCAAUCUUGAUAAGUACAUAAAGGUUAUUUUGCUGCAGCUUUAUCUUGUAGUGUUUUAAGUUGCUUAACCAUCUUUUCAAGCAACUGGUAGUAAGAAUGAUCAUACACUUAUUCUAAGCUCACAACAAAUAUCCUCUAAAAUUGUUUCUUCAAAGAAAUACCAUAUAAAAUAUGAUCAUAUCCUUUCCUUUAUCUGAAAACAUGGAAUUUCAUGGUGGAACCCAGUGCAAUAGAUCCUGAAGUCUAAAUCCCACCACCACUUGCAAUAAAAAAAGUUUUUUAAAAAAAGUAUUGACUUUGCACUUCAUUGCUCUCUUAUUUUAUAUUUCAGUAUGAAGGCAGUGUGGAAGAAAAUACAGCUAAUGUGGAAAUAGUGCGUAUGAAAGCAAUUGACCUUGAUGAAGAAUUUACAGAUAAUUGGUUGGCCAACUUCACAAUCAUCUCUGGAAAUGAAGGUGGCCAUUUUGAAAUAAUAAGAGAUUCUAAAACAAAUGAAGGAAUACUAAUGAUUGUUAAGGUAAGUUUUACACUGUACAACUACACACUUUACAUUUUAAGCUGUUUUAGAGGAUUGCAAAAUUAUUCUGCAAUAUCAAAGUAGACUUACAUUUGAGCUGUCUGCAUAAUCUUGUUUUGUAUAUUUGACUUAAAAAUGCUUUAUGUAGUUUUGUUUAGUUGACUUAAGCUUACUUGUCAUUGACCUUGGCUACCUACUCAUUCUGUGCUGCCUCACGCAUGAAAUGUUGCAUGAAACGUUGCCCGUGGGUAUUCUUUUUACAUAACUUGCAUGACUAAACUGCUCCACUAAAUGCUAGGACUCCUAUUUUGUUAUCCACCAUAAUGGAAUAACAUAGGAAACAUACCAUGAAAUAUGUAUUCUGCAGCUUUUUAAAAAAUUUUAAAAAAUUUUCUUUCCCCUCUAGUGUCCUACUGUUUUUCUAUGUAUGUAUUUAUUGCAUGCUGAUCUUCAUGUUUUCCCAUUUUCCUGUCCUGCUUAGGAUCUUCUGUUGGCUCUACUGAGCUAAAAACUGCAAUGCAGGGCUAGCUCAUCGUUGCUGUUGAACACGGGGGUAGGCAACCUUUGGCACACCAGAUAUUGUGGUUUGCAUCUCCCUUGAUUCUUUGCCAGUAUUUUGAAAGAAAACGCUUCAUGGGAGAUGUAGUCCAUAACAUCUGGAGUGCUCAAGGCUUCCUAACUCUGUUCUAACCUAUCCUCAUCCCUCAAUUCCAUUCUUUCCCCAAAAAUGUGUUUUUAUAUUUUUUCACUGUGCUUGGUUAAAUGAAAUAGUUUGUUCUGCUUUUUCCUAUGUAGGGUAUUUUUAUUUAUGUAUACCUCAUAAACUGUAACACUUUUUUUUCUAGUGGAUUAUCUGUACCCAUCAAGCAUAUAUUAUACGACAUUGGCUGCAGAAUGCUAGUUGCCUUGACAUUGAGCUUCAUUUUGAGUUACAUUAGAUUACAAAAAAGUAUUCGUUUUUUUUUUUUUUUUUAUGAAAUCACUUAUCUUCUCAACUUUAGUGAAUAAACUCAAAGUCAUAAUUAUAAUAACUUUUCAAGAAGCAUUACACAGUACCAUGCUGGGCAAAAGUAGUGCAGCCAACAUCCUUUAUGUAACAUUUAACAGGUUUUUUUUGUUUGUUUGUUUUCCUUUCAUUAAACCAUAAAUUGAAAACAGAAUUACUAGAUUUGGGCUGAAAUAGCUAAGUUAUGACUAUAAUUGGUGAGUGUUUGUACUUUGUUUAGGGUUUUUGGGAAAAGAAAAUUAAACUUACCCAGGUAGUCCUACCACUUCAACUUUUCCAGGGAUCAUAUUUGUAUUGUACAUAGUUUAAAUGUGAAAAGAAUGACUGCAUUUCUGUUUUUUGUUUCCAGGAAGCUGAUUACGAGGAAAUACAAAAUGUUGAACUGAAAGUAGUUGUUUCCAACCAAGCAGAAUACCACCACUCCGUUUAUAAAUCCAGUGGCGGUGGCGGAGGCGGUGGCGGUGGUGGUGGUGGAGCAGCAGGUGGUGGAGGGGGAGGAGUUGGAAAGUCCAUUCCCAUUAAAGUGAAGGUGAAAAAUGUGCCUGAGGGUCCUGUGUUUAGGCCAAGGAGAAAAUCCCUUGUGAUCAAGGAGGGAAAAAGUGUAAUGAUCAAUCAAGUUAUUGGUUCAUACCAAGCAACUGAUGGAGACUCUGGAAAAAUUGCUUCAAAUGUCAAGUAAGUGUUUUUGUGUGUUUGGUAUGAAUGUAUAGAUAUUGAUUGAUUAUGUCAAUAGUUUGUAAAUACUUGAUUAAAUCUAAAGUACUGCAUAUGAAUAAAUAAUAUUUCAAAAACAGGUAUGCAAAGGAGUAUGACCCAGACAAUUGGUUCAUAAUUGACCCAAUCACAGCUGAAAUUAAACUUUCAAAAAUACCAGAUCGUGAGUCAAUAUACGUAGUGAAUGGGACCUACAUGGCAAAGAUUUUGGCUAUUAGUGAAGGUAAGCUUUAACUCUUUGUCUUCUUAAGAGAAUCUCACUCAGGAGAAGCUAAUUUUUAUCUCCUUGCGUACUAGAAAGAUGAAUAUUUCAGUAUUUUUGCAGUAUUUCGGUCAAUGUCAAAAAACCUGUAGAUCCAGUGUGGGUGAUCUACAGUGACCCAUACUAAACUUCAUGUUUAUGACUGCUCCUGAUGAUUUUCAUUGCAAGCACCCAUUGUUAACAGGCAAGUUGAACAGGUGACUGCCACAAGAAGUAAUGGGAAAAUUUGAAUUUUAUAUAAUUAAUGGUAGGACAAAUCAUAGUCCUUUGUGAGAAAUUACAAUUCUUUAAUAAAGAAGUUAACCAAAUAACUAAAUGAUUAUUUAAGUACGUGUUUUGCCAAACAUGACUUUGUGUAACAUUUAAAAGUAUAACAUUUCACCUAGGCUUUGGCAAUUACAAACAUUUUCUAAUUUUGCCAUCAUGUUCUUAGACAAGAUGAAUAAUGUUCCAAAAUGUCAAAACCUUUUUCUAAUAUUUUUAUUUUUAAAUGUGUAGUUCUUCCAGGAAAAACUGCAACAGGGACCAUUGCAAUUGAAGUUGAAGAUGAAAAUGACAAUUGUCCAACACUAGUAGAACCAGUGCAAACUGUUUGUGACACAUCUUCAUUUAUCAACGUGACUGCUGUGGAUCUUGAUGGAUACCCAAAUGGUGCUCCUUUCACAUUUACGGUCAUUGAUGAGCCAGUAGGAUUUGCUAAAUUAUGGACAAUUGGUAAAAAAGAUGGUAAGUAUCACACAUAUAGCUACACUCAACAAUCUCUGUUAAUUCCUCUAUUCCUUGCUGUUAAAUAUUAAUUAUUUGACACUUUUUAUUCACAACUGGGACUAUACAAUACUUACAUUUUAUAGUUAUUCAUUUUUAAUUUUUUUUAUCAUCAACUUCUUAGAUGUUAGUGUGCAACUGAAGCCUACUGAGAUCUGGCCUGGUAUACAUAAAAUCCAGCUUUUGGUUACUGACAAUCAAGGAUUAAGCUGUCCAACAUUACAGGUCCUUCAGUUAACUGUCUGCAACUGUGGAGAUGGUUUUGCUUGUAGAGAAAAAAUGGUGGACUCAUCUGUUAAAUUGGGAGGUGGAGCCAUUGCACUCAUGAUCCUUGCCUGUUUGAUAUUAUUAUGUAAGUACAGAGGAUAAGAAAACAUUUAAAAAUUUUAAAUUAUGAACAUUUGCAGUGUGUGUGUGAAUAUAUUGUUUUACAUGACUGUUAUGAAUUGAUGGACUAAUUUCUAGAAAUACAAGAGCUAGAAAAACAUGCUAAUUUCUGGGUCAAAUUCUAGAGACUGUUAAUGAGUAGCUCUUCAUAUGAAAGUUCCUUUUAUGCUCCAUGUACAUGAGUGAAGAUUGAUAGGACAGAAUGGACACUUGUAUCUCUACUGCUGGAUGUAUAAACGGUUUUAUGGAACUAAAGUAUCUGAUUUCUUUACGCUGUUUUUAUAGAUUCCUAAACCAAUGCAUAUUUCCCUGCAUUCUGAGCCAGUCCUCCUCAUAGAUUUAAUAGAUGAUAUAUUUAUUGUUUGUUUUUUGCUAUACAGUGAUACCACUUUUGUUGCUAAUGUGCUACUGUGGAUCUGGAGGGAAAGGAUUUAUGGCCAUUCCUGAUGGGACAGAAGCGACGAUUCUGAGUUCGAACCAUGAAUUGGCAGAACCACUGAACAUGGCAAGUAUUUGAGGAUCCAGAAAAUUUGUAGAAAUCUAGUUCACAACCUUAAAGGGACACUGUAGACACCCAGACCACUUCAGCUCAUUGAAGUUGUCUGGGUGCAAUAUCCCAUGUCCCUUAGCCCUACAGUGGUAAUUAUUGCAGUUUCUGAAAUUCCUUUAUAUCCAGAAUGUGACUUUUAAAAUUUUGUUGCUUAUUGGGUUAAUGCAUGACACUUGGCCUUAUUUAUUUCUGAGCAGUUCACAUGAUAAUGUGUUAGAAUAGUAAAAUUUAGUGUUUUCUAUCUUUCUGUAGAAUGCAGUUUUCCAGAUGUUGUAUAGGCUUUGCAGGAAGUCACAGGAUCUUUCACAUGACAUUUUCUCAGCCCGGCCCCUCCCUCCCCAUACAUCAUCCCUACACACCUCCCCCCUCCAUUUGUAUGAUAUAACCCAUACAGAUAUAUACACAGACACACAGAAUGACACUUCAACAGAUACAAACAAUGACACAAAUGCAGAUACACAUACACAGAAUGACACGCAUACAGAUACACAGGGGCACACACUGACACACAGAUACACACGUACAGAAAAACAGACACACACAUGCAGAUACAUAGAAUGAUAUGCAUACAGAUCUAAACAGUGACACACAUGCAGACAAAAAGAUACACAUACAGACAUUCCAACACAAAUACACAGAUACAGAAAUUCUAACACACACAUUCACACACACGCAGGUACAGACAUUCACAUACAGAUACAGACAUUAACACACACUGUUAAAAGUUUAGUCACCCCUGCGACAGCGGUGGUUCUGCUACUGUUCAUAGUCCCCUUUGUACAUCUUCUUGUUUCCCUAAUAUCUAUGAAAAACUCUCUUUAAUUGGUAAUUAUAAAUCAUUGCCAUCACACAUAAUUUUGGAUUUUUUUUUUUUGAGUAGAGCGUAACAGAAGAUUAUUUCUGAACAUGUGUUCAAACCUCAUAUUACAGUCAUAUGCAUAAUGGAAAACUUUUAUUCAUAUCUUUCUGAAAAUUAUUGAGAACUAUGCUUCACUUAUUGCAGCCUGCAAACUAUGCCACUUUAAAGGGACACUAUAAGCACCAAACCACCUUUAACCUAAUGGAGUGGUUUGGGUGUAUAGAUCAUAUCUCUGCAGUCUCACUGCUCAAUUCUCUGCAAUUUAGGAGAUAAAUCACUUUGUUUAUGUAUCCUGAACCACACCCCUUCUGCAUGUAACCUACUGAGUCUGUCUGAUACAUUUCUUGUAAAUAACAAUCAAAUAUGUAAGUUUCCUUUCAUUAUACAUUCUGUUUAAUUUACAAUUUCGUGUCUCCUGCUUUAAUAGCUUGCUAGAGCCUACAAGAACCGUGUGUGUGUGUGAUUUUUAAAGUUAAAUUCACAAUGCAUUAAAAACCUCUAAAGUAAACACACUGUGCUUUUGACAUCUGAUUAAAAAAUUACAUUUCAGUUUUUUUCAUGUAGGCUGUGUAAGUGACAGCCAGGGGAGGUGUGGCUCAGACUGCAUAAACAGAAACCAAAGUGAUGUAUUUACUAAAUUUCAGAGAAUUUAGUUGUGUAAGAUUUGAGGGACAUGAUCUGUACACCCAAAUUGCCUCAGUAAGCUAAAGUUGGUUUAGUGCUUGGAGUAUCACUUUAAGCCAGUCAGUCCAGAACCGGGGCACUCACCAUGCUGACCCAUUUUGUUAUAUUCCUCUUAUUUCAAAAGCAAGGGGACAGGAGGUCUGCAUUUCUGCACCUGCACAGACUGAUUAACCGAGGGCCCAUUAUUGAACAGCUGGCACCUCCCAUCGAAUGUGUGUGAGAUAGAGAGAUAUAUAUAUAUAUAAUUUUUUUUAUUUAUUUUUUUCAAACACACACAUAUACACGUCAUAAAGAUGGAAUACUUACAUGAGGUGCCAGCUGCUGAAUAAUGUGCCCUUGGGUGUGUGUGUGUGUGUAUAUAUAGAUAUGUAUAUAUAUGUGUGUGUAUAUGUAUAUAUAUGUGUGUGUGUGUGUGUAUAUAUAUAUAUAUAUAUAUAUAUAUAUAUAUAUAAAAUUUUCUUCAAUCUCUCCAUUCACAAUUCAACAAGGAGAUACAAAAUGCAGUGAGCUACCUGACAAAUGUAGCACCAUUUCAUACUUGAUAAUUUUCAACCUCUCUUUGGAUAAUGAACUGUUCCUAUUUUUUUUCCCCUCUUCUUCUGGACAUAUACUAUUGUUCAUUAUAUAGAUAUGUAAAUGUAUAGCCUAUAUAUUUUAAUCCAAAAUACUAAUUAUCAAUUAAAAAAACAACAAAAAAACACAUUUCUUGACUUAAUAAUAAAUACACACACAGUUCCAUGGCUUGUGGUCUCACGAUCACCUUAAUGGCAAUUGCUAUAUGAAUCUCUAUAUUCUCCUAGAUCAGGUCUUCAUCACUUAACUUUUGAAAGUGUUAAUUUAUUCACUUGUGAAAAUUUAAGAAAAUAAAUCAAAACCUCAUACAUGCCUGACAUUUCAUUGUGGUUUAAUGCAGUGUUGUUUUUUUUCUCCUUAUACCUUUCCAAUUAGGCUUCUCUACCAAUUGCUUCAGUAAUGGCUGGUGAGAAUGGAGGGGAAGUUGGUGCUGGAAUAAAAUCUAAUGGGUAUGGCUUCCAAUCUGAACGAUAUGGAAACAAUUUAAAAGGAAUGUACUCAUCCACAACAAACACUCGAUGGGAAGAGCACAGAGGACUUAUGUCUGGAGCAGGGCAUGCUGAAGGGGCCGGUUUUGGAAACCAAUCAAUAGGAGUUUUAGCUUCAGGUAGUGGUUCGGGAGCUGGAGCUGGUGCCGGGUUUGCAGCUGCCGGAGAUAGUGGGGCUUAUGCAGCUGGAAGUGCAGUGGCACUGAAUGAAGACUUUUUAAAAGAAUACUUCAAUGGUGUAAGUACUUGGAUCAUGACUUUUGCUAGCAAUUGAAAUUUUCACUUCUGUAUCUUGUAGGACAUUACUUAUUAUUAUUAUUAUUAAUAUUGUGGUACUGUUAAUUACACUUUGAUGUAUAGUUGCAUCGUUCAACUGUGAUACGUACUGCACUAAAUAUCUACAGAGGCACAUCAAUGCUCCUCGUCACCUGAAUGCAGUUGGCCAUACAGUUUCUUAAAUACUGUGCCAGUAGAAUUUGGCAAUUAAUACAUUUACUUCUUUAUUUGACUUGUCAGUGGACUGUAAAUAGUGUCCGUCAAGGUUUUUACAGUAUUCUGUUUCAGUUUGUUUAUGUGAAAUAGACUUUUGUAAUGUUUUAAUUUUCUUUAGGAAUGUUUUUGUUGGGUUUUUAUUUAUUUUUAUUUUAUAUUAUUUUUUUCAGUUGACAGGCAAGUUUAAAAUCGUUAAGUCAAGGUCAACAUAUCAAUAGUUUUUUUUUGCUUUUAAACCAGAACGCAAACCAUUUCAAACAAAUAUACAAACCAAAACAAAGCAAGGAAUACUUUAAAACGUAUGAUAUAAAGGUUUAUAAACUUAAUCAGAUUGCAUUAUUAAGCAUACCUCUCAGCUGCCGGAGUUCAUCCUCCCCACCCAUCUCCAUUUUAGACCAGUCCACUAAUGACAGAAACAGGGCAUCAUUGUGCAGCAGCAGGAGAAAGAAAUGCAACAAGGUUUCAAGGUGAUGAGAUCUUCUAAUUGCACAUGAGUAAAUAUGUCAGGCAUGCCCAAUGCACAUAUCCAGCAUUCCUAGGGAUAGGGCACUGAUGGUUAGAUCAGUGUCUGCCCCCCGCCUCCCCCACCUGGAAUGGCAGUGGAAAACAUAAGAAAGAGGAAGCAGGUGAAUAUGAUGAAAAUAUCAUAUUUACAUGCCUUAAGCAUUAAAUUAGACAAUUGUCUCACUCUGCAGGCUGAAAAAAGCUUUUGGCUGAGACCUUUGUCUCAAAGUGAUGCAUAUCCCUUGGUAUUAUUAAAAUAAAAUGUGAAAUCAAUGUGUAAAAUUUUAUGCCUGACCACUGUGCAUGACUGCAAUAUGGCUAAAUAUCUUUAAAACCUGUUACUGAAACUAACUUUCUGUUUCCAUAGAAAGCCAUUUCAUUUGCCGACGAGGAGGAUGCACAGCCAUCCAAAGAUUGCAUUCUGAUUUAUUCCCAAGAAACUGAAUCACUUGCAGGCUCUGUUGGCUGCUGUAGUUUCAUUGAAAGUGAAUUUGACGAGGCAUGUCUGGAUAAUUUAGGGCUGAAGUUUAAAGUUCUGGCAGAUAUUUGUCAAGGCAUUGAAUUAAGCUCUGCUGGGCACAUAGAAGAGUACAGAUCCUAUGAUAAUCUCAGGCAAGAUACACUGCAAGCACAAGAAAACUUGGAAUUUGCUGUAGCUCAAGAGGAAGAAGAGUUUGACCUACGAAAUGCCUCACAUUUCGAAACCGCCUAUGCUUCAUCAUCCAUGGGCCACCAUAUAACUGAGCCAGAAACUGCAAUGAUAGAAGAAGUGGUUGAUCAGUCCUACGGAUCUUCGAUGUACAUGCAUGAGCCUGUGGUUCGUGGUAAUGUCCUUGUGACCGAGAAGACCUACACCACAGGUCCUCCAAUGCGAUUUGAGCCACUGCAUCAGCAAAAUGUGCUGGUGACAGAGAGGGUAAUUCGCCCUGCUUCUAGUAUGCAUAAAAUUAUUGACUUUGCAGAUGGGCAAAAUGUUAUGGUUACUGAGCGUAUGAUCAAACAAGACAAAGGUAGGUCUGGAUUAGAUGUUGGUGAGCUUUCAGAUUCACAGUACUUACUUGUAACUGAAAGGGUCAUGGCACCUAGCUCAGGUCUAAAGACCUCAAUGAGCAUUCCUGACAUAUCUGUAGGGCAAAAUGUUCUAGUUACUGAAAGGCAUUAUGCUCCAAUAUCCAGUGUACAGGGCAAUGUCCUAAUUCAAGCUGAACGAUCUGGUGGGCAAAGUGUGGUGGAGAACAUCACAGUUGCAGAAGGUGGGUUAGAAGGCCAGAUUAACUUUAAUCAAGGUGGUUAUUUGAUGGAAGAACUGCCUCCUUCCAGUAGCAAUGUAGGGAAAUCAACAAGCCGAGUCACAAAAUACAGUACUGUACAAUAUACUCGUUCUUAAGCAAUAUCCUAGAAUGCAAGCUUUCUAUUGAAGUUUGAAAGGUUUUAAUAGUGUAAAGCAAAUAGUUAUUCCUUUUCUUUAAGCUUAGCAGUUACGCAGUUUUAUUUUUAAGAUCCCUUCCAAACAAAAUAUCAAAUAGUAAAUUUUUCCAGCUAGACAGAAUAUUUAGCAAAACCCAAUUUAGGAAAUGUCUAGCAGUCAUUCAGUAUGUUGCACCCUAGUGUUAGUAUUUGAAAGGGAAACCCACUAGUAAUUGCUUACACAGUGUUGUUUUGGACACUUGAGAAACACUGAAACCUUCAUCUUAAUAUCUAUCCUUUCUGCUUAAGAGUCCAGCACAGUAAGUCAAAAUGCAUAGUAUGUAAUGUGCAUUCAGAGAGGAAGCAAAUGUAUACAGAUCCUUUUUACUCUUCUUUUAGAGGCAAAGCUUUUUUAUUUUAAAGGCCGCUGAACCUUUUGGUGUUCUAUUAAUAUGAUGGUUAAAUAGAUUGUAUCAUUACCUGGAAAAAAAGAAACAGACUAUUUUUUUACAUUUUUUACUUGAUCUGUAUUUGAAUUUUCUGAUUGCAUAUGAUAUUUUAAUUUGCUGAAUACAAAACUGAACCCACAUACAUCAUUAUGCAAGCCAUCUUGUUUAAAACCCCAAUGAUUUGCAGGUAGAAAUUAUGCUUUAAUAAAUUAAACUUUGCUUAAAAUGUGUUUACACACUCUCUAGUCCUGUGACACAAAUUUGCUUACGUAAAUCAAUAUUAAAGAAAACCACAUAGGGAUGUAAUGCACCUUUUGGCUACUGCAAAGAUUAUUGUGGGAUUAUUACAUUGUUGAGUAUUAAAAUAAGGCAAUUGCAUGUUUUAGGCGAAGUGGUUGGAUUAAAAAGGGACACUGUCUGCACCCAGACAACUUCAGCUCAUUAAAGUGGUCUGGGUGCAGUGUCCCUUUUGCACUUAGUUUGCAUUGCAGCUCUUUGUCUGCCCACCGUGACUGUCUACGAAACAGCCCAGCCACUUGAGGGCUUCCUGAAUCAAAACAGACCUUUGGUCCGGGCUCUGCAUGAGGACCACCAGCGUCAGAUUUUUCCCCAUAGGAAAGCAUUGAUUCAGUGCUUUCCUAUGGGGGAGGUCUAAUGCACGCGGCAUCGGUGCUUGGAAAAUGUUAGUAAAUAAAGGGUUUCAACACUUGACCCAGGCGGGGAGAAUAGUGGAGCGCGAGGGAGGGGUAGGCAAAGGGGCUUUAGUGCCAGGAAUACAGCUUUGUAUUCCUGGCACUUAUCCUAUCCCUUCAAGGAAUACUUCCAGUACAAGUAUAUUUAUAUUGUUUGUUUUCCACAAUUUGCAGUUAAGUAAAUAAUAACAUUGGUAAUGGCCAAGUGUGGCAAUCUGAGGGACCACAGUAUGUAUUUAAACUGUGGGAAUUAAUUGUUUUUAAUAUGUAUUUUGACAUGUUUGAGGGAAAGUGCAUUUUUGUUGAAUCCAGCUUUCAGGUAGAAAUAUGGAAAAACCUCCUUGAUUUGUGUUUUACUCUAGAUUAAAUGUACAUAUGUAAAUAAAUUUUAUAUCAUUGUGAUAUAGCUAUCACUGGAAAUAAUAAAACGCAGCGGAUUUAAAUUGUUGCAUUGUUUAUAGCAGAAAUGUGUUUUGUUUUUUUAAUGAAAUGUGUGUAUUAAGAAAGAUAAUGUUCUAACAUGGAACCCACACACACCCCUAGUCUUUUGAGGGAACUUUAACUGUUUCAUUCCCAAAAAUCAGCAAGAACCAAUUUAUUUUUGUAGUUUGUUUUCGCAAAGAUAUGUUUUGACAAAUGCAGUUUGCGUGUAAUUUCUAUGCAUUAAAAGAACCCCUCCCCUUAUUCCAAAAGUAUUAAGACAAUUCUAUUUCCAAUGGUUAAGCCAAACCUUGAAAAUAUACAUAUUAUAUCUCUGACACACUCCUGGCAAUUUUACCAUCAUUUCAAAUGAUUUACUAGAAAAGACAAAGCAUAUCGAGACAAAAAAAAUGUUCCUUUUGGCUUUCAAGCAUAAUGUGUACAUAUACUAAUACCAUAAAUACCAUCCAUUUGGAGGCUAUAUAUGCUUUGUGCUGUUUUUAAUGGUCAAAAAUGUCAAUGUAUCUUAUGAAUGCCAGACAUGUCUUGAUUUUUUUUAGGAUUCAUUACAAAUAUGUAGAAUUAUACUUGAACAGUGCCCUGUAUUAAUAAAAGAACGUUAAUGUUUGUUUUAUACAUAUAAAUAUAUGGUAGGUCUUGGAUUUUAACCUAUUGCUUGUCAUAUAUCAUCUUUUAAGUCGCUACAUUGCUUAUGUCUUGCAAACGCAUAAGAUAUUUUUGCACUGGUUUUAUAUGCAGGAUACAUGGUACUGAAUAAAGCAAACUUUAAAGCCAU